UCAUUUCCAACUGCAAUGAUUUGUUAUUUUCUACGCUCUAUUGUGCGCCCAGUUCGUUAAAUAAUUUAUACACAAAUUAACAUAAGUGAGAUAUUGUGCAUAAUUUAAAUGAAGCAAUACGCGACUGGUCGGAAAAAAUGUGCAAGACGAUAAUUUAACAAAAAACAAAAGCUGUGCUUUUAAUUACCGUCACUAAAUAAAGGCUGUAUGUGUAAUCUUGUGUGCGCUGUAGUGAGUCGAACCUUUGAAGUGUGUGCCUAUCUGUGCGUUUGCUAUUUUAUAAACAACAACUAAACAAAGGUAGUGUAGAAAGUUAACAGAUGGCAUGUGCUAAUUGUAAAUUGUAAAUAGCAAUUUAAUAUGUGUCAAACGAAUCUGUGAGUUGUAGAUUUCGCUAACACACGCACUUGCAACCAUGACGAACGCUUUUAGUCGCUUUCUGACGCCUGUCGACUGCACCUGCAAACAUUUCAAUCAUCCAUGGACGGAUAGCUGUGCAAAUGCCUCAGCGGGCAUAUUAAUGGGCGCGAUACCGUACAGUUUGCGUAUCUACACAAUGGUCUAUGCGUUAUCCCUAAUAAUGCGCCACCGCAUACCAAACCUUGCCGACCUCAAACGCACCCUACUCGGCAUAUUGCAAUCGUCCGCCUUCCUCGUCUCCAAUAGCUAUUCCUUCAUUAUGUUCAAUUGUCUGUUACGUAAAAUAAUCGGUCGCUACUACUGCGCCACGGUCGCUUUCAUACCUUGUUUUUUGUCCAGUUUCGCAUCGAUACUGGUCGAGAGGCCCGCACGCCGACCACUACUAACACUCUACGUAGCGAAUUUGGCCACAGAGACACUCUGGCAUAUGGCCGAGAUACGCGGUUAUGUGCGUUCAAUACCACAGGGACAAGCUUUAAUCUUCGGCAUUAGCAUAUCAACACUAUUGUAUCUGUAUCGUUUGGGUCUACAUAAGACGACCUGCAAGGAUUCAUUAUUCAAUGUAUUACGUUUCUUUGCCGGUAAAACGGAGGAGGGGCCGAUCGUGCCGAAAGCGCCUGCAGCACCGACGCCCCAACAAUCACGUGCGCCACUCGAUUUCCGAAGCAUCAAUGUGUUGGUCCAACUCUAUACACGUUUCCUGGACGCGGUGAAGAGUCGACACCCAUCAUGUCCGCAUCGUGUUAAUUGUUGGCAUUAUGCGUUAAUGGGUGGUCUCAAGCCUUUCGUAAGCGGUGUGGGACUGCAGGUGGCAUUGCGUCUAGUUAUGAAUUUAAAGAAAAUUGUACAAAUGAAAUUCAGUGUGCGGAAGUCUAUAUUUAAUAAGGAGACACUAAAUUUGGGCAUAUUUUUGGGUAGCUUCUCCUUCAUAUACAAGAGUGCUUCUUGUAUCCUGCGGCAUAGUUUUGGACGCGAUGAUCCACGCUUCGCCAUACCAGCGGCUCUGUUGGCCAGCGUGUCCUUCACUAAAUAUCCCGAUGUGACGGUGGCGUUAUAUGUAAUGUGGAAGGCUUUGCAAAUAAACUACAACUUGGGCAUUAAGGAAGGCGUCUUGCCGCACAUAUCCGGAUUUACGCUCUUCUUGUACUCCUUCUGUACGGCUGUACUCUUUCAUGCGGGCAUUCUCGAACCGAAGACAAUACGACCGAGCUACUUUAAAUUUCUAUAUGCAAUUUCCGGAGAACGCAUUAAUCGUUUCAAUUUGGAACCCUUCAAUAUCUAUGGUCAAAAUGCAAGCGAGCAGAUGAAGGAGGUUUCGCGACAGCUAAAUCUUAUUAAUAAAUCACCGUUGCCCAAGUUCUCACUUGCCUCAUGGAAAUAAUAAUAAUAUACAUAUGUUUGUAGAUAUAUAUAAAAAAUAUAGCGAAAUGUUAUCUUUAUAAACAUGUGUUAAGAGAAUAGCAGACUUAUAGCGGCGAAUGAGUGCGAAAACGAAUAUGACAAAGUUUAUGGAGAGUAAAAAUAAUGCUAAGCGCAUUAAUAGAAUAAAUGAGAAAUUAUAAAAAAUGCUAACUUUUGUUGUCUCUAACUGUACUUUAUUAGAGACAACACAAGUUUAUGUGAAAUUAAUAAAAACUAAAAAAAAAACGAAAAAAAAUAUUGUAAAUAGUGUAAAGCUAUUGACUAGUUGAAUAAGCAUAAAUGAAAAAAUAAAUAAAUAAUUAGGAAUUCCUAAAAUGUAUUAAGACAUAAAAAAUAUAUAUAAUGUUUAUAUAAAAUAAUAGCAACAUUUUUUAUAAACUAUGUGCAUAUGUGUAGACUUAAGAAAGCUAUGAUUUGGUGUGUGAUUUUUUUUUCAUUUAUGUCUUUUCAAUUUUAAGCGAAUUGAAUUUUUUAAAUUUUAUUUAUUUUAUAUUUACAUUUUUGACGCAUUUACAAAUGCUUGGCUGGUAGUAAUUUGGCAAAAAAAAAUAAAAAAUAAAAACUAAGUAAAUAGAAGUAUA